AUGCUGUUACCCGCUCUUAUAGCGGGACUGUGCAUUUUUGCGUUCGAACGGCCGGGCAGAUUUGUCGUUGACGCUGCUAUUGCAUGCAAGGGAUGUGCUCCUCCAUGCAUUUGUCCUGGAACGAAGGGAGAAAAGGGCGUCCAGGGAUUUGUUGGCGAGCAAGGUCAUCCUGGUGUACCCGGCUUGGACGGACCUGAAGGACCAGCUGGGGCCCAAGGCAUGAUUGGCGCAGAAGGAGACUUUGGCGACAUUGGGCCAAAAGGAACUCGAGGUGACCGAGGAUUGCCAGGAGCACCUGGCCAUCCCGGACUCCCUGGACUGGAUGGACUUCCUGGAAUCAAGGGUGAAGAAGGAAUUCCAGGAUGUAACGGCACAGAUGGUGUCCCAGGAUUGCCUGGAAUAGCUGGACCACCAGGUCCACCUGGUCCUCCUGGAGCUCCUGGAAGACCUGGACUACGAGGACCACCAGGAGAGGGAGGAAUCAACUCAAUAGGACGAAAAGGAGAAAAAGGAGAACCUGGCAGGGCAGGAAUACCUGGUGCUCCUGGACAUGAUGGUGUUCCUGGUUUGAAGGGAUCAAAAGGAGACCCUGGACCACAUGGGCCUCCAGGAUUUCCUGGUCCUCAAGGACCAAAAGGAAGAAUGGGUGUGCGCACUCCAGGAGUUAAAGGAGAGAAAGGUUUGCAGGGUCCACCUGGUUUACCAGGUCCGCCAGGAACUUUCCCCGGAGCAUCAGCUCCAGAAGAAAUUGAAGUUCUCCAAGGACCUAUGGGACCACAAGGAGUAAAAGGAGAGAAAGGUCGAGACGGUCCAGUCGGCCCGCCAGGAAUGAUAGGAGUUAACGGUGCAGACGGCUAUCCUGGUCUGAAAGGACAAAAAGGAGAUCCUGGAGAUGCUGGAAACAGGGGAAAACGAGGGAAAGAUGGACUGUCUGGAGCGUACGGUGAGAAGGGUUCACAAGGAGAGCAGGGCCUUCCAGGUCUUCCUGGAUAUCCGGGGCCUAAAGGAGAAGCUGGAGAGCCAGGCUAUUCGGGAAGACCAGGCGUCGAAGGAGAUGUUGGACCUCCUGGACCAUUCGGAGAGGGUCACGGCGAUGCUGGAGUGCGAGGACUGCAAGGACAGGAUGGAGUUCCGGGACCAAAAGGUCUUCCAGGAAAAGACGGUCUCCCAGGGGCAGUUGGAGUGAGAGGGCCGGUAGGAGCCCCUGGUCCGCAAGGAGCGCCUGGAUUGGAUGGAGUACCCGGUUAUUCGGAAAAAGGAGAUAGAGGGGAGGACGGAUAUCCUGGAUUUGCUGGUGAACCUGGUUUCCCUGGAGAAGAAGGCGAUUGUGGCCCGCCGGGAGAGGAUGGUCUGCCGGGAUACGAUAUUCAAGGACCACCCGGAAAUGAUGGAAUACCUGGGCGAGACGGAUAUCCCGGCAUACCUGGAGAAGUUGGAGAACCUGGUUAUCCUGGGGAAAAAGGAUUCCCAGGUGCAGGAGUGAAGAAGGUUGGUCCACCAGGUCAAAUGGGCCUGGUCGGUCCACCUGGGGAGAAUGGUCGUAUUGGGAUCGAUGGCCUGCCUGGACCACCCGGAGAAAAAGGACCUAGAGGAGACGACUGUGGCUACUGUCCUGACGGUCUCCCUGGGCAAAAAGGCGAGCCUGGUGUGCCCGGAGUAGAUGGAUAUCCUGGACCACCAGGUCCUGAUGGAGACCUUGGGGACUGCGGCUUCAAAGGAGAACCAGGAAAACCAGGAGCAGCUGGUCCUGAUGGGCUUCCUGGAUCUGUUGGACUUCCAGGAAUCCCUGGCUACCCUGGCUUGAAGGGAGAGGCGGGAGAAAUUAUUGGCCCCAUGGAAAAUCCUCCGGGAGUGGAUGGAAUGAAAGGAGACCGAGGGGUUCCUGGUUUGCCUGGAGUGCCAGGUAAGCCUGGCCCAGAAGGAUUGCCUGGACUACCUGGUCCAAAUGGUGCGCCUGGAUAUCCAGGAGAAAAAGGACUCCUAGGCAUUGAUGGAAAACGAGGAAGAGACGGACAAAUGGGACAUCCAGGCCCACAAGGUCCUCCUGGCGACAGCUAUCCGGGGGAGCCGGGUUACGCAGGCGCCAAAGGAGAACCUGGAGAUGCUGGACAACCAGGAUUUCCUGGAGCUAUGGGGCCCCCUGGACCAGCAGCACCACAGGAAAUCCUUCAAGGAGAAGACGGCGAGCCUGGUAUCGAUGGUCUUCCUGGACUGCCGGGAGAACGUGGAGCGGAUGGAUUACCAGGACUGCCAGGACAGCCAGGACCGCAAGGAUUCCCUGGACUUCCUGGAGAGAAAGGUUCCGAUGGUCUUCCUGGAUUCCCGGGACUUCAGGGCGAGCCGGGUAUGAGAGGACCUCAAGGCGAUAUGGGAUUCAAUGGUGCUGAGGGCGAAUGUGGAGAUGAAGGAGCAGACGGACUCCCGGGUCUCCCGGGAUUGCCAGGAGAGAAGGGAGAAGCAGGAUAUGGUUACCCUGGAGCAGCUGGCUUCCCUGGACCUAAAGGGAAACAAGGAGACAUGGGCUUUCCAGGACAGAAUGGACAGCAGGGUCUACCAGGUCUCCCAGGAGCUCCAGGCUACCCUGGAGAACCCGGCGCGCCCGGGUUGGAUGGAGUACCAGGAGUGCCAGGGUUAGCUGGAGAAAAAGGAUUGAUGGGAAUAGACGGCAAACGUGGACGCCCUGGAAAUCAAGGCCAACCUGGUUUGCCUGGCCUACCAGGAUUGAAAGGUGAACGCGGAGUUCGCGGUUUCGAUGGGCAACCAGGUCGACGUGGAAGUCCUGGAGAGAUGGGACAGCCUGGCCAUCCAGGCCCACCUGGACCACGUGGUCCCGAUGGUUUGCCUGGUGAGGAAGGGCUUAUUGGAUUUCCUGGACUUCGUGGAAUGCCUGGUGACAAUGGUUUACCUGGACUGGAUGGUGACCGCGGUGAAGAUGGAGAUGUCGGGUUAGACGGAAUCCCCGGAGCUCCUGGAGCACAAGGAGAUGAUGGUCUUCCUGGAUUACCAGGAGCAGAUGGAUUGCCUGGACACAAAGGAGAGAUGGGAGAGGCUGGACUACCGGGUGCUCCAGGAAUGCCUGGUGAUGCUGGGUACGUUGCUCGACCAGGGUUACCCGGAGACGAUGGCUACCCAGGUCCCGAGGGGCCACCAGGUUUACCAGGACUUGAUGGAGCACCUGGACUGAAAGGAGAAAAAGGCGAACCUGGAGAUAGCUAUCCAGGCCUACCAGGUGCGCCUGGAGAGCAAGGAGAGCCUGGACUUGACGGACUAGAAGGAGCGCCCGGUCAACCAGGAAUACCUGGCCUCACUGGGGUACCUGGCCUUAAAGGAGAAGUUGGAGAACCUGGACAUCCCGGCCCUCCAGGCUUAGAUGGGCUACCUGGAAUUCCGGGACUCGAAGGCGAUUGCGGGGAUGACGGUUUCCCAGGAGCACCAGGUCUUCCCGGCUUGCCUGGCAUGCAAGGACGCGAUGGCGAAAAGGGAUAUCCGGGAUUGCCGGGGGAGGCUGGCUUGCCUGGCCUUCCUGGAUCACCAGGUUUGGCAGGUGCGAAGGGCGAAAGAGGAGAACUAGGAGUUCCUGGUUAUAAUGGUGCUCCUGGAGAAGCCGGAGCUACUGGUGAUUUGGGCAUUCCUGGUGCUCCUGGACUUUCUGGAGAUGCCGGUCCACCAGGACGAGAAGGGCAACCUGGCAUGAAGGGAGAAAGAGGAGAACUAGGACCACCAGGAUACCCUGGAAAAAAUGGACUUCCAGGACCCAUGGGACCUCCCGGAGAUGAAGGUUUUCCGGGACCGCCUGGACAAGAUGCGUAUGGAGCGGCUGGACCACCAGGAGAACAUGGUUUGCCUGGAGUUGAUGGUUUCCCUGGACUACCAGGGAUGCCUGGAGAAAAGGGUGUCGAUGGUUUUCCUGGAGCUCCUGGACUUCCUGGCCCCCAUGGAGAGCCAGGACUUCCUGGGGUCCCUGGAGAAGUAGGAUUGCCAGGAAUAGAUGGAAAGAGAGGUUUCGAUGGAGCUCCGGGUGCUCCGGGAGCUCCAGGCUUAGAUGGAGUUCCUGGAGUAGAAGGAGAUUGUGGUGACGAUGGUGUUCCUGGGCAGCCUGGGCUUGAUGGAACUCCAGGAUACCCAGGAGAAAGAGGAGCACCAGGACCACCCGGUUACCAAGGUCAACGUGGUGAAGAAGGGCUUCCUGGAAUACCUGGAAUACCAGGUUUGAAGGGUGAACGUGGAGAAGAUGGUCUUCCCGGUUUACCAGGAGCAGACGGACUUCCUGGACGACAAGGAGCACCCGGUACGCCAGGACCAGUGGGAUUACGACAAGAAAGCCCUCCUGGAGAGCCAGGAACCCCGGGGCGACCAGGAGACAAGGGUUAUCCCGGAUUACCCGGAGACAACGGGUUGCGCGGCCCUCCAGGAAAAGCAGGAUAUCCAGGAGCACCAGGAGAACCAGGUCUUCCUGGUCUUCCUGGAAUCCCAGGACCAAAAGGAGAACUUGGACUACCUGGAGUCGUCGGCAACGCUGGCAGAACGGGAGCACCUGGACAUCCUGGACCACCAGGAACCCCUGGUGGACCAGGAUCUUGGGCCCCCUCCAGAGGAUUCACAUUCGCUAAGCAUUCACAAACCACAGAGAUCCCAAGCUGUCCAAAUGGUGCAACACCUUUAUGGACUGGAUACUCUCUCCUUUAUGUGCAGGGAAAUGGUAGAUCGAGUGGACAAGACCUUGGCCAACCGGGUUCGUGUCUCUCAAAGUUCAAUACCAUGCCCUUCAUGUUCUGCAACCUCAACAGUGUGUGUCACGUAUCCAGUAGAAACGACUACUCUUUCUGGCUAAGCACCGAAGAGCCAAUGACACCGAUGAUGAAUCCCGUUUCCGGAACAGCUAUAAGGCCGUACAUCUCGCGGUGUGCAGUCUGCGAGGUGCCAACACAAAUAAUUGCAGUUCAUUCACAAGAUACGGUGGUCCCGUCAUGUCCAUCUGGGUGGAGUGGAUUGUGGACGGGUUUCUCUUUCGUUAUGCACACUGCGGCUGGAGCAGAAGGCACAGGACAGUCGUUGCAGUCGCCUGGUUCUUGUAUGGAAGAGUUCCGAGCAGUGCCUUUCAUAGAAUGUCAUGGACGAGGAACCUGCAACUACUACGCCACAAAUCAUGGAUUUUGGCUUGCAAUUGUCGACAAUGACAAGCAGUUCCGCAAGCCGAUGUCGCAAACACUCAAAGCAGGAGGCUUGAAAGAUCGUGUGUCGCGCUGCCAAGUCUGUCUCAAAAAUCGAUAA